CGUGACUGAAUUGUCUUUCGGCUGAUGUAGACAGGCGGUGGAUUUUUAUGAACGCGGCACUGCACUGCCCUGAGAGAUGGAAAAAAACUGAGCUUAGAAAACGGGGAGGAGCGACGGCAUCACAGGCAUGACUGAGAGAGGAGGAGAGGACUACUGAGAGAGGACCGCUGUUACAGGACUACUGUCCUCCUGUGCCGACACGUCAUAUAUUUAGGCGUCAUUUAACAGUGGUCUGUGGUGGAUAUUUAGUUUAACACUGUCCAUUAGUGUCGCGCUGUGAGGAGGACUUGUCCCACUGUUAGCUUGUUUGCUAGUUUACUCCGGCUGCAUGGCUAGCUAGCACAAUAAAGCUAACUGUCGUUAGCUUCUGGCUUCAGCGGCGAAGUGAAGAGCCGAGGAGGGGAAUGGCAAGAGUUUACUCGGAUAGCGCUUUCAGAAGAAACAACGACUAACCAGCCUAAACCAGCCCAAAUCUCGGUAGUUCUCUGAUUCAACGGUUGUUGGUGUUACUGUAAUCCCCACCAUGGUGCAGAAGUACCAGUCACCUGUGCGGGUGUACAAACAUCCUUUUGAGCUGGUGAUGGAGGCCUAUGAGCGCCGGUUCCCAACCUGUCACCUUAUCCCUAUGUUUGUGGCAAGUGAUGUGGUGGAAGAGGAGACCAGCGAGGACGGUUCCACCCACAGGGUUGAGCGCCGCUGUGCCCUGGAUGUUGACGCCCCACGCCUGCUCAAAAGGAUUGCAGGUGUAGAUUAUGUCUACUUCAUCCAGAAAAACACGCUGAACCGCAAAGAAAGGACACUUCACAUCGAAUCCCAUAAUGAGACCUUCUCCAACAGGGUCAUCAUCCAUGAGACCUGCUGCUAUUCGGUUCACCCGGAAAAUGAGGACUGGACAUGUUUUGAGCAGACCGCCAGCUUGGACAUCAAGUCCUUCUUUGGCUUUGAGAGCACUGUGGAAAAGAUUGCCAUGAAGCAGUAUGCCAGCAGUAUCAAAAAGGGGAAAGAAAUCAUAGAGUACUACCUGAAGGAGCUAGAAGAUGAAGGGAUCACCCAUGUGCCGCGCUGGACUCCCUCCUCCGUCACCCUGUCUCUCCCCAGGCCAACUAGCCUCUCCACCAGCCCACUUGUUCUCCCAGAACUCUCAGUCACGCCCGCCGCUUGUGUCCCGCUGCCCACCGACACCAAGGACAGCACCUCCCAGGACACCAAGCAGGACAGCAGCGCCCUUCAGGCAGACAGCUUAACAGAGAUCCUGGCUGGUACACCUGAAGAUAAGUUGGAUGCAGACUAUAUCAAACGUUACCUAGGCGACCUGACCCCCCUGCAGGAGAGCUGUCUGAUCAGACUUCGCAAAUGGCUGCAGGAGACUCACAAGGGAAAGAUCCCUAAGGACGAGCACAUACUGCGUUUCCUGCGUGCCAGGGACUUCAACAUGGACAGGGCACGGGAGAUCCUUUGCCAGUCGCUGACUUGGAGGAAGCAGCACCAGGUGGACUACCUUCUGGAGACCUGGAGCUCACCCCAGGUCCUCCAGGACUUCUACACCGGGGGAUGGCACCACCAUGACCGAGAUGGGCGUCCUUUGUACAUCCUGAGGUUGGGCCAGAUGGACACCAAAGGGCUGGUCCGUGCUCUCGGAGAGGAGUCUCUACUCAGACAUGUGCUGUCUAUUAAUGAGGAGGGUCUGAGACGCUGUGAGGAGAACACCAAGGUGUUUGGUCGACCCAUCAGCUGUUGGACGUGUCUGGUUGAUCUGGAGGGGCUUAACAUGCGUCACCUGUGGCGACCGGGAGUCAAGGCGCUGCUGAGGAUCAUUGAGGUCGUGGAGGCCAACUACCCAGAGACUCUGGGACGGCUGCUUAUCUUAAGAGCUCCCAGAGUUUUCCCUGUCCUCUGGACACUGGUGAGUCCGUUCAUUGAUGAAAACACACGCAAGAAGUUCCUUAUCUACGCAGGCAAUGACUACCAGGGUCCUGGAGGGCUGGUGGACUACAUAGACAAGGAGAUCAUCCCUGACUUCCUGGGAGGAGAGUGUAUGUGUGAGGUACCAGAAGGCGGUCUCGUUCCCAAGUCGAUGUACCGCACAGCCGAGGAGCUUGAGAAUGAAGACGUUCGCCUGUGGACUGAGACGAUCUACCAAAGCGCCAGUGUGUUCAAGGGAGCUCCACACGAGCUUCUGAUUGAGAUCAUCGACGCCUCCUCGGUCAUCACCUGGGACUUUGACAUGUGCAAAGGUGACGUGGUUUUCAACAUCUACCACUCCAAACGGGCCCCCCAGCCUCCGCGUAAGGACCCCCUGGGAGCCCACGGCAUUACCUCCCCGGGAGGUAACAAUGUCCAGCUUAUUGACAAGUCAUGGACACUGGGGCAGGAUUACAGCAUGGUGGAGUCUCCUCUCACCUGCAAAGAGGGCGAGAGCGUGCAGGGCUCCCAUAUUACCCGGUGGCCAGGUUUCUAUAUCCUCCAGUGGAAGUUCCACAACAUGCCGGCCUGCUCGGCCACCAACCUGCCCCGAGUGGAUGACGUGCUGGCCACCCUGCAGGUCUCCUCUCACAAGUGCAAAGUCAUGUACUACACCGAGGUGCUGGGCUCUGAGGACUUCAGGUUAGUCUGCGCGGGUUCGAUGACCAGCCUGGAGUCGAGCCACAGCGGUUUCUCUCAGCUCAGUGCCGCCACCACCUCCUCCAGUCAAUCACAGUCCAGCUCAAUGAUCUCCAGGUAGAAACUGGAAGCCUAAGACUCCAAUCCCCACAAUCACUCCCCCCUCCCCCUUAUGCUGCCCUUACCAUCAACUCACAACUCUUCUCCUGCCCUUCCUCAUUGUCUUUUGACCUACUGCACAGCAAGUCUCUAUGGAACUGAAGCAUGCUUGCACAAACAGAAGACAAAGAAUAAAAAAAAAUAAAAUCUGAGGCAAAAAGAAAAAAA